AUGGACCCUAUCAAGAUUGCUGAUCAAAAGAAGCAAAAAAACCCCAACCUUACUACCGAACAAAUUGCUCAAGAAUAUGAAAAGAUACAACAAGGAGAGUAUGGGUUAAUAGAGGGACAAUGGAGAGAGAGUAGUUUGAAUGCUGUUGUCGCGUGCAUUCUAUAUGUUGGGCUUCUUGUUACGUUUGUACACCUUGAAUAA